UACAGCGAAACUUACUGGAAUAAUAGGCUAUAUGGCCAGCGAAGGGGGAGCUGGAGCACACUUGAACAGUCCAUUAUGGAAGGUGAGCAGGAUGAGGGGAGAUCGUGGACAUGAGCGCGAGAGCAGCGCGCGGAUGGAGGCGGGGGUUCGGCUCGGGAUGCGGAGUGAGGAGGAAAGACUCCAGACUUUCCACAACUGGCCCAGAGAUGUGCCCGUGAGCCCUGCUGAGCUAGCCCGGGCUGGCUUUCAUUAUCUGGGAUACGGGGACACGGUGCAGUGCUUCUGCUGUGAUGGGAUCCUGAGGCACUGGGUUCAUGGAGACACUCCGCGGGGGGAGCAUGAGAGGCACUUCCCCGCAUGCGGCUUAAUGAUGGGUAGGGAUGUGGGGAAUGUUCCGCUGGGCUCGUCCGACUCUGUGGAUGGGCAGCUCUUGAGUCAACUGCAGCGGCUGACCGUGGACGAGCAGGUGUUGUCCGGGCAGGCGGCCUACCCGGAGAUGGAGUCAGAGGACAACAGGUUGUCCACCUACCACAACUGGCCCACAGGAGCAUCAGUGCAGCCUGAUACUCUGGCGCGAGCUGGAUUCUUCUAUACAGGUCAUGGUGACAAUGUGAAGUGUUUCUUCUGUGAUGGUGGUCUGAGGAACUGGGAACCAGGUGAUGACCCUUGGCAGGAACACGCCAAAUGGUUUCCACAAUGUGAAUAUUUGCUCCAAGCCAGAGGACGGGAAUAUGUGAGCAAUAUCCAGCAGUCUUACUUCAACAUGAAUGAGAGAGUGGGUGGAUCUCUGUCAUCAACUGCAGGAAACAUUACGUCAGCAGAGGUGUUGGGUGGGCAGAGCUCAGUGGCGGCAGCCAUGUUGUCUCCUGUGGUGCAGGCAGUGCUGCAGAUGGGUUUCCAGCGCUCACUAGUGGAGAGCCUGGUGCAGUCACGCUACCUGCUUACUGGCUCACACUACACCUCAGUCUCUGACUUGGUGACCGACGUCCUGCAGGCCGAGGAGGAGGAAAGGCAGACGGGGGAGCCCAGACCAGAGACUGUGGAGAGUCCGCAAACGCCGAGAACGCAGGUCUCAGACAGGGAGAAAGUGCGAUCAGAUCUGACUCCGGAGGAACAGUUGAGACAGCUUCAGGAAGAGAGGACCUGUAAGGUCUGCAUGGACAAACUCGUCUCCAUGGUCUUCAUCCCCUGUGGUCAUCUGGUCGUCUGCACAGACUGCGCAGCCAGCCUGCGUCACUGCCCCAUAUGCAGGGCGGUCAUUCGGGGGAGUGUGCGUGCAUUCAUGUCCUGAAGAGCAAACACACCUACAUACACAGCAACACACUCUGUUGCACUGCUGUGUUAUUAGCAAGAACCGUAUAGUCUUUUAAAGGAUAUAUAAUGCUGAAAUUACUAUACAAAUGGUGUAAUCAGCUUCCAAAUCAGCAUCAGUGUUCUUUAAAAAGAUUCUUUAAAACAUUAAAGCUACAGAGGUCCAAAAGUCCACUUUACAUCCAAAGUUGCAAUAUGAAAUAUUAGCAUGAAUUUCAUAAUGUUUUAGUUUUUCGUUUUUCCCCUUGAUUGAAUGACAGCAUCACUUCAUCUGUGAGAAGAUCUUAAUUAUUUUAUGUAAUAGAAAUCCUAAAACUAUUUGUUAAUUUUCAGGUUUAAAUGGGAUUUUGAAUCCCAGAAUUUAAAUGUGGACUUUUGGAUCCCGCUGUACAUUAAAAUGUUUUACAUGCUUGUAAGGUUCUGGACAACAGGUUGAUUUUGUGUCAUGCCAAAGUAAACAUCUUUUUGAGGAUUUUACAUCUUAAAAAACAUAAAAACAGAAUUUAUAAGAGAUCAUAUUGUAUAAUAAUCUUAUUUUAUUAUCAGUGUAUUAAUACAUUGCACUUAUAUUUUCAUGAAUAAAAAUGAUUUGCAUUGCA